AAGGCUUAAUCCAACAUCGUUCCAUUUUUCCAUUCUAUCCCCUUCCUUAAUUGCUCCUAGCUGUCUCAUUUUCACCUCCAAACCUUAACCCUUUCUUUCUUCUUCUUCUUUUUUUUUUUUUUUUUUCUCUCUCUCCGUCUCAUCUUUGUCUCUUUUAUCCAAGCAUAUAUACUCUGUAUUUGAGUUGUAUGGCAGAGCUAGACUAUCAAAGUAAACCUGGUAAUAAUGGACGUUUAAAACUCUUUGGUUUCAACGUGACAGAUGAAGAAGAGGUGGAUUCAACUAAAACACCAUCAGGGUCACCGGACUCCGGGGGUUUUCCGGCCUCCGACGGCCGGAAGUACGAGUGUCAAUAUUGUUGCCGGGAGUUUGCCAACUCACAAGCUCUAGGGGGCCAUCAAAACGCUCAUAAGAAGGAAAGGCAACAGUUGAAACGUGCGCAAAUGCAAGCAAGCCGAAACGCUGCUGUUUCAUACAUGCGAAACCCGAUAGUGUCCGCCUUUGCCCCGCCGCCUCACCUCCUUGCUCCGGCUGGUUCCGUGGUGGUACCCGCUGCUACUCCAGCAUCUCCUUCGUGGGUUUAUGUUCCACGCGCCGCUCCACCCUUCCACGUGUCCCACGGCUGCCUGUUUCCGGCUUCCACGACUGGGAGAGGUGUAGGGAGCGCAUCGUAUGCUGGCAGUGUAGGAGAUUCUAGCUUGACGAGCGUAGGGCCUCAACAAGUCAAGGCCCACAAUGGCAGGCAUGAUGGGCCCUCGUUGAGUAGGUUCUCUAGAGCAGAUGAUGGGCCCGGUUUUGAUGAAGCAUUUGGGUUGGAUUUGCAUCUGAGUCUCGCUCCAGCCGCGCCGUAAAUUUUAGGCUUGACCUGGCUCAAUUGCCUGAGGCUGGCAUUAUAUUUGAAUGGCUUGUGCAGCUAGAUGACUUGGUUGGGUCAUCGGUCGAGCUUGGCUUGGCUUGGUUCGGCUCGCUAAUUUGGAAAAAGCUCAUGUUAAUUUAUCUCGAGCCAAAUCCUGUAAAUUUUCAGAUUUAUUUAUUUAAUUUUUUUUUCUCAGGGAAAAUUUUUCUUGCUUGUUUUGCUGAAUUACUAGUUUCUCCUUCCAAGAUCUACUUUAGUUUGUAACCAAUGUUGUACGUGCAUGUA